AUAUAUAGCUUCAAAAUCAAAGUCUUCAGGAUCUGCUUUUCAACACAAAACUGAAUCCAAGUCAAAUCCUGCGCCAACGAAAGUGUUGGCUACUCCUGCAGUGUCCCAAUCAAAGCAGAAAAAAGCUUUCUCGAACUCUCGACCGCCUGUUGAAAAAAAAUCGCAAGCUCCGAUGCAAGCAACAGCGCCACCUCCGACACCUGCUCCUCCUACGACAUCUACCAGGCCAUCGCCAUCCUUUGGACAAGUACCCCCCUUUCAAUCGAAUAAAGGAUUGGCCCAUCCUGCCAGACCUUCCCCUGUGCCCAUUAGGACUGAUGCUCAGGUUUCUCCGGUGGUAAAGUCGGAGCCACGUAUUGCUUCGCUAUACCCUUCUCCUGCGAUUACAUCUAGUGUACCAGCAGUUGAUAUACUUGGUCCUAUCCGAGCCGCGAAAGAGGCCAUUCGAACAAAUACUGGUUCUCAGGUUCACUCUCCUGUUGCUCCUCACACAGAGCAUAAUGCUGUAAAUUCCGUGUCAAAUCCUGACAUGGAUGGCUCGGCAGCUAUGCGUGAUCCUCGCCGUGCUGGGCCAUCUCCAGCGGCUGUUGCUGUUCUGCCACAACAAGGCCCGCACCUGCUAUAUAACGGUUUGGGGCAACAAUUCCAAAUAAACCCUUCGGAGGUUGAAGCCCUUUUGCGGGCGCAUGGACUUGUGGUGCCUCAUAAUCAACAACUGCCAAUGAAUUCCCCUGUUGCAUUGCCUGAACAGGUUAUGACAGCCAUGCAGUCGGGUGUGAAUAUCUUGAGCGGGGUUGGUACUUCUGCCCCAGGUUCUUCGAAUUUCUCGCAGGGUGCAUCAAUCAGUGGUUCUGGACAGAGCAUGCAGCCUGUUCCGUCCUUCCAGUAUUCUCAGGGAGGCCCUCAAGCUCCAUUAUACCUGCCUGGCCCAUCACAGAACGGGUUCUUACCCGAGAUCCACCCUCCUUCGCAUCAUUCUCUCCCACCUCGGCCGUCAUCGACUGCACCAGCCCCGGUCAACACAGGCGUAUCGACUGCGCCAAUACCGCCGCCGCCGCAUUCCACACCCUCGAAUGGAUCAUUCAAAGAUGAGCGACGAUAUAGCGAUUAUGAACGGCGGGACUACUCGAGAGGCGGUGGGUCUUAUGAGAAAGAUUAUCGACGUAAUGAUUCCCGGCGGGAUUCAAGCGGGUGGGACAGCCAUAGAGGAAGGGAUAGUGGUUGGGGUCAAAGGGGGAGAGCUGGCGGAAGCCAUAAGUGAGCAAAUAGCUCAAUGGAAAUUGCUGUGGGUUGAGGCUGAGUGUGUCCAUCCACCCUUGUACUUAUGUGAUGUUCUAGGCGUUAAUCAGGGCGCUUCAUUUCAAAGUCUUUCUGCGGCCCUAUCAACAUCAUGUGUCCUCGUGAUGAUUGGGUUUCAUAUUGUGACAUAUCAUACCUUUUGUAUCAUCAUGACAGCAUACCUCUCAAACACCACUGC